ACCUGGUGCUGGGAGGACUUGUGGAGCGCUCGCCUUGAGGACAGGCUCUAGGUUAGAAAUGCCUUACGGGAACCGUUCGUUUUCCCUGGUGGGGCUCCAGACAGACGUCCUGCCGGGGAGCCCGACCGAAGUCGCGCAGCAGGAUGGCUGACCUGAUUUUCUGUGAGCCAACAGAACUCUAUAACAUCUUGAAUCAGGUCUCCAAGCUGUCCAGACUAGCUGAGCCCAACUACCUCUGUUUACUGGAUGUCCGAUCCAAACGACAGUACGACGAGAGCCACGUGAUCACUGCCCUGCGAGUGAAGAAGAGAGAUCAUCAGUACCUCAUCCCAGAGUCUGUAGAUCUGGAGUGUGUGAGAUACUGCAUCGUGUAUGACAGUAACACCAGUUCCCUGGAGCUGAGCGUACGGCGGUGGCAGGAUGAGGAAGAAGAGGAGGAGGAAGAAGAAGAAGGAAAAGAGAAGGACAAAGAGGAGGACACUGAACUCUUACCUGGACCUGCUGUGGAAUUCGGACAAAUCCUCAUCCACUUUACUCGCCAACCUGUCUAUGUCCUCAGAGGGGGCUAUGAAUGCUUCUCUGGCAUGUACCACUUCUUCCGGACCCAGAAGAUCAUCUGGAUGCCCCAGGAACUGGAUGCCUUCCAGCCAUACCCAAUUGAGAUACUUCCAGGCAAAGUCUUUCUGGGCAAAAUUAGUCAAGCCUGCAAUGCUAAGAUGCACAAGGAUUUGAAAAUUAAAGCACAUGUCAAUAUUUCCUUGGAGACAACACCCUACUUUGUAGGCAAUGCAGACAAGCUCCUGCAUGUCAAGGUUGAGGAUACUCCAGAUUCCAUCCUUUUUCCUUUUCUCCGCCACAUCUGUCAUUUUAUGGAACUUCACCUCAGGCUCGGCUCUGUCAUUCUGGUCUUUUCCACCCGGGGCAUCAGCCGCAGUGCUGCUGCUGUGGUGGCCUUCCUCAUGCAUUAUAAUGAGGAGACCCUGAAGAGGUCCUGGGCCCAUGUGAAGAAAUGCAAAACCAACAUGCGUCCAAAUCGGGCCUUGGUGGCCCAGCUGCUGGAGUGGGAAAGAGUCCUCCAUGGGGAAUACCUCACAGACAUCUCUGAACCUAUCUACUGACCAUCGCCUGUCAGCCAGCCAUGGUCACCGAGGAGUCUUGGUUGGGACUUUUGGGGGUUGGGGAGCUGGGUUUCCACUUGGAGUGGUCCUGGAGAAGACGUUUGCUGCCUGGAGAGGUUCAUAUCUGCAUCGUAAGACUGGUUCUGUUGCCGGUGCCAUCCCAAUACUGAGGAUUAAACCUAGAGCAGUGGUUCUCAACCUUCCUAAGGCUGCGGCCCCUUAACACCGUUCCUCAUGUUGU